GUUAUGACGAUAAGGCCAUAAAUGCAACAAAAUGAAGAUAUUAUUAUCUCGAGUAGCCAUUAUGGAUCCUAGGAUUAUUCCACGAAAAUUGCGAGUCUGUACAUGCCUAAAAUAUUAACCUAUUUUUAUUUUAUUUUCAACCAAGUAUUCAUUUUUUCAUCUUCGAGAGAAACUAACACUGGAUUAUUGAACCACUAUGCCUAAAAGGAAUGCCAUGAGCAUCAAUUAUGGAUUUGGUGGACUGUCGUUAUUAGUUUGCAUGGCACUUGCUCUGUUGGUUCAUGGUGUGCAAUCAUGUCCGUAUUAUUGCACGUGUUCCAACCAGAUGAACAGAUGUAGUAACUUCGAGGUCACUUUGCCCAGUGCGGAGGUGAUGCGGGCGAGCAGUGGGGGAGGAGGACUAGAUGGGGGCAGCAGAUGGGACUUCUCACAGGGUAACAAUAUAUCGCUGAUAGAGCUGGAUUCGUUCCUGGGACUCGACGAUAUUACAUACUUGAACCUGAGUCACAACAGAAUCGAACGAAUUCCGGACGGUGCUUUUAAGCCUCUGAAGAACCUGCAAGUCCUAGACUUGUCACACAACAAUUUGAGACAAUUUUCGUGGAAGAUGUUUGAAGGGCUGAGCAAUUUGAAAGUUCUCAAUAUCUCUUACAAUCUGAAUUGGUUCUACCCGCAGCCAAAUCUAUUCGACAACCUCACCAGUCUCGAGACUCUAAGCAUUGCCAAUCCAUAUCUUUACUGUCGGUGCGAAUUCAUAGAGAGUAUCACUCAGCUGAAAAACCGAACUCUGAACUCGAAGAUGAGGAGUCUGACGAUCUCGGAAGAUACGAUUUGUAAUGAGAACAUGGACUCGGAGUUCGAUGUUAGGGGACCAAAAGCGAAACUUUUGAACAAUAGGUUUUCGGUUCAACCGGAUGUGUGUGAGACCGCUGGUCAAGGCGAGAAGCAACUGCCUGUGUACGAGACUUACCCUCCAGCCGGGUCGACUCAGCUCCUGUUCGAACAGGACUCCAUGGUGCUCAACUGCUCAGUCACUCUUCCCUCGGACUACGAAGUAGUAUGGAGUCACAAGGACUCCAUCAUCGGCAGAUUCAAAAACAAGAAGGUGCGGGAGAGGCUGGGUUUGGAUAUUACGGUGAAGGAUUUGGCGCCAAAUGGAGUUGUCACUUUGUUCUCGGUGGCUAUUGAGAAGCUGGACGAGAGUCAUGCCGGAGAAUGGUCUUGUUUGAUCAAAUCCGAAAGUAAUGACUCUCUAUUUCUUCCGGCAAAGACGGUAUCCAUCGAAAUCAUAAAGCCAGGCGCAGUAUUCUGUCCUACCCUCGAAGAGGAGACCACGAAGGGAAGUUUUAAUUGGCCGAAAACAGUCGCCGGUCACCAACAAACUCUGACUUGUCCAUUUGGACGGUCGGAAGUAUUCGCUAGAGAACCCUCGGCUUAUAAAAUGUGCUCUGAAAAUGGAACAUGGCAAUUUAGUGACUUCUCCACGUGUCAAUUUAGGAGCGAGUUGUCGAAGACAGUAACGAGACUUUUCAUGGAAUCAGAAUUGUUACUGAAGACAGUCUUCAGUUCAACAAGUGGAGAUAAACCAAAUAAAGUGACCUUGAAAAAAGCGAGAUCAAUAGCUGAAAAUUUGUCAAAUGUGACCACGUGGAGUUCUACAAUGGAAAAUGUUGAGGAUGUGACGUUUUCUGCUCUAACUGUGCAGAAUUUGUACCAUUAUAUGAACAGGACAGAAGAUUUCAACGAAGCGAUGCUGUCUUGGUUGAUGGAGACAGUGUCGAAUGCGAUGUCAUUCAACGCCCUCCUGUUACUGGAGGCAGAACAGCAGCACCACUCAUGUACUAUGCUGACACACUACUUACAGUCUGCCAUAUUCCACACUGUAGACACAAAAGAAGUCCACAGAGAGAACACACACAAUAUUGCAGUGAGGGUUUUCAAAAUACACCAGCUCGCUUCAUUCACAGGCUACACAUGUGCUCUGUUGGUGUCUUCCGACGGUGGAAGAAGAGGAGGGGGAAGGAGUGGUACAGGUGUCGGCAGUGGAGUCUCAUUUAAAACAGGCGCACAGCUGGAGUGUCAGGACGGGGUGCAGCGACAGCAGAAUGUGUCCACACUCCUUAUGGGACACCCGCACUUCAACAAAAUAUUCGCUGUGGUUAAAGUGGCAUCUCCCUACAUAAGCACAGGCACGUUAUCCGGAAGCCCAGUUCCAACUUCCUUAACUUCGUUGACGUCUUCUGGUGAGCCACUGAGCAAAUUUUUCAAACUGCAGGUGGUGGUGUUCAGAAAUGCCAGUCUGUUUCCAAGUGCAGAUGUGGCCAUCGUCAGUCCAGUCGCAUCCGCCAAAAUUGUAUUUGGGACAUUUACAAAAGUCAUCGGUGAUGCUCUUAUCGGUCAAAUAGCGCCAACAACAGUUUUCGCGGAUCCGAACAUGACAGCCGUAUCGUCGCCAUUUGUUCGAACUAAACCGCUUCAUGCUGAUCUGGCACUGUUCUACGGCCCAGGCGGAAGCGAGUACGAACUGUCGUCGGGCGGCGGAUUCAAAUUGGGAGCGAUGACCGCUUCUACGUGGGUUGUCCAGAAGAGAACCAGAGAGAUCAAUGAAAGCGAGGAAAAAGUGUCGGUGUCUCAGUUUGAUAAUUUCGAUUUGGAAGGAUCUUGGAUUCCCACAGGUGGUGCAGGGUGUCGUGUGGUGUCCACUCUGUUCCACAACAUGAGUGAGGUGCAGUGUGACUCAUUGGCAACAGUGGCCAUCUCCACCCUCCUCUCUCCCCUCUCCAACUCACUACACACUGUAGAUGCGGCCAUACAAGUCGGAUGUGCAGUCUGCGCAGUGUUCACGCUACUCUUGUUGGUCACUUAUAUCGCAUUUAAAAGCUGUAUCUUCAUUGCCUCUGAAUCGCUGCAUGUCAUAUGCAACUUCUCAAUAGCAAUAUUCUUCCUCUGCGUUCUGUUCGCAUUCGGAAACGUCUUCUCCGACUUCUCGGACUCUAUCUCGGAACCUCCGGAGAGCUCGGCCCCUGUCUACUUGCAGAGCGCGUAUCUGUUUGAGAAACAGCAACAUGCGGGGGUGCCUUAUUUGGCAUGUUCCCUCAUAUUCGUGGCUAUAGAUUAUUUUCUACUGUCCGCAGCUCUAUGGCUCAUUUUGUAUAACAGGAAUCUUUGCUGUCAGUUUGAGAAGAUUGAAGAGAAACAUGGACAUCAUCAGAUGCAACACAAUAUAAUGGGUGCGGCGGCUGCAGGAAGCGCAGUCGCAGGGGCAGGUGGAGGAGGGGGAGGGGGAGGGGCAAACCAGAGACAGGCUGGUCUGCCCUCGACCAAGACUAAGAAGCAAAUAUCGAAAUUGGUCUAUCGCCUCUACAUCAUCUGUUGGGGUCUUCCGUUGAUAGUCUGUCUCGCAAGUUCGUUCUUCAGUCUUAAAUUUCACUCCAGUUCUGACUCCCAAACAGACUCCGGUGCUCUCUGUUGGAUCUCGCCGACAGUCGCCGCCGUCACAUCUUUCCUCCCGGUGGCACUAUGUCUCGUCUUCUCUUCCCUGUACAUGGUCAAAACACUUCUCAUCAUUCCGAAACUACCUCGUAAACUAGAAGUCAGACAACAGUGUUUCAACCCCUCAGAGCACACUCAUCCUAACAUGUGCUCAAAUGGACCCCUGUAUCUAGAUGGAGAAUUAGAAUUGAGUGCAUUGACUGAUAACGAAUCGAUGCAUUCGUCUGUCAUCGGAACAGGUCUCGGAGGACUCGCGUCGGAAUCGAACAACAACCGAUUCUCACGACAGACGAACACUUCAGCUAAUGGUGCUGCUCAUAAUUACGUAACAGCGACAUUCAGCGUCAAAGCAGACAGCGCAUGUUGUCGACAGCUUAGAUCGGCUCUUAUUCUUUUUAUUCUGUUUUUCGCAUCGUGGAUGUCAGCUGCGUUGCUUGUAUUUGCAGAUUUUCAUCCCAUGCACAGACUAAGCACGUUCAAAGUUCAAAUAAGCGUCAUGUUUGCAGUUUCAUGCACGUUGAUGGGUGCUUACAUGUUCCUUAAGUUCUGCCUAUUUCGCUCAGACGUGAAGCAAUGUUACAUUGCAUCUAUUACAUGCCAACAGACAGUGUCGUUUCCUAAGCCUUCUCAGAUUACUCAUUCGCUGUAUCUAAAACAUCACAAUUCCUACCUCAGUUUGGAGUCUGGAAUGAACGGAGGAGGCAGUUCGCAUCCUAGUAGUUACCACCCUGGAAUGUCUCUAAAACAGUCGCUCCAGAACCAAACAACAUCAGUCACUUUCUCAGGGUCAAGCGACUGUGUUCGGAACAACGGUGCAUUUUACAACCCGGGAGAGCCGUACAAAGCAUCACAGACUAGCAGGUCACAUGACAAAUGUAGAACAGUGUUCCCGGCUAACUUGAGAAACACUGCCAGUUCCAGGUCGGGUAGCAGUGUUAGAGGUGGGAUUGACGAGGAGUUAGCCAGUAUUCCCAUGGAUAACAAAGGAAUGCUCCAGGGUAGUUCUAGUCAUUUGGGUUCCAUGCACCAGAGAUCCCAAAAUAAUCACCCUGAAGGCGCAAUGCCACCAUGGCAGGUGCAGCAACUUGGUCUGAUGAGCCAAGUUGAUCACGAUGGCUCAAGAGUCGGAGUAAACUCACCAAUUGUAAUGAUGCAACAAACAGUGCCAUAUAAUACAGGGGUUUUAGCAGGGAGAAAUACGCCUGUGUCGAUUCCGCCUACGCCUCUAGGUCAGCCAAACAAGGGUCCGAUGCACGGAAAGGGAGGCGCUAUUUAUAACCCACUGUUGAGUAGUGUCAACGCACCAUCGCCGCAAUACUCACCAGGGGGCUCCAAUUUAUCAGUCAAACAGGGCACAGUUGAUCCAUUUCUAACCAACAGGUGUAACACUCCUUCGUCAAGUUUAUCGCAACCACCGCCAGAUUUGUUACAGUCCUACUAUGCCACGAGAAACGCCAAACUCAAGUCAGCUGCCAAAAGUAACACAUCUGGAGGUUCCGGCAGUAGCCGGAAUCAAAAUCGAAGCCAGUCACAAGGUCGACAAAAAGGUAAUUUCGUCGACCCGGUGGGUCCAUCGAACGUCCGCGAUGAUAGUUUCUCGUCAGAUGAUUCCGAUGAUGAUGAAGAUGACGCGAGUUCACUCGGACGCGAAAUUGACGAGAGCCUGAGAGGUCGUUUCCAGGCGCCGCCGUCUAGACAUAUGAACACUUCUGGUGCUAAAGGUGGCGGUGGUGCUUCGCGUGGAAACAAACAUAGCGGAGGACAGGUAGCACACAAUCAGUACAAGCCAAGAGACCAGGGCGAAACCUCAGUUUAGAAAGCAAUCAGUUGUCAAUCGCAUACAUUUACAGAGUAGAGUUAGAAUUUAGAUUACUGAACAUUAAUUCUAUCCAGAUGUUAUUAAUUUGGAAUUUUCGCCAAAAUUUUCCGAGAUUUAGACUCUUUGUCGUUGAUUAUUUGGCAACGUUCAAGCUGACAACAUAAGUUAUCCAACAUCUGUUACAAGCGUAUAUACUUUGAAAAGAAAUAAUAUUAGCAUAUCUUAUAAGAGUAUUAAUUUGAAGGUC